GGAGUGGCAUGAUACUCUAAACAAGCGAUCACUUGAGUGAAUUAGUGAGUGAUAUAUCCGUAGCUAGCUUAACCAUGGCUGCCCUUGUCACGCUCUCUGCUGCUGCUGUCCUCCUCGGACUCCUCCUGCCUUCCGCCAUGGCCAACAACAACGUUCUCUAUCGCGGCGACAAGCUGUUCCCCGGCGAAUCCCUCACCGAAGGGACCUAUGAAUUCAUCAUGCAGGACCACUGCAUGCUCGUCCUCAAAGACAACGGCAAUGAAGUGUGGUCCUUCCAAGGCAACGGCCGAGGCUGCUACGCCUUCUUCGAUACCGACGGCUACUUCCGCAUCGUAGAUGAGAUUGGCCAAAAUUCCAAUUUCAACAGCUUCCCCGGCUCCAUCCUCGUCCUGCAGCGCGACGGCCACGUCGUCAUCUACAGCAGGCCUGUAUGGAUUAUCCCUGAGGGUGAACCCACGAACAGGAAGAUCGCCAUGGUGACUAAAAAUUAGUUGGCUUCACCACUGUCGUAAGUUAACCAUGCAUGGAUCGCUAGCUAUUAAAUAAAACAGAAUAAAAGGUAGCGAGGCAUAAAUAAUUAGCGAUAUGCAUGCAUGCAUGGUACGUCGCCUCGUUUUUAUGUUUUUAUGUUGUACGUACUUUCUGGUAAGUUGGUUUCCAUCAGCUUAAUUAAGUAUCUACUUGCUCUGCUCUUUUAUUAGUA